UGUCAAUUGCUUCAGUCUGAACUCCGAAGUAGUGUGUGUUGUUUGUUUUGAUUUAUCUGAAAUUACGUACAAAUAAAAAGUUUAUUUACGUGUUAGCUGUUUAUUAAUUUUUAUUUUUUCAAGAUAAAAAAUUAUACCAAAAAAUGGUAAUUCCAACCUGUAUCGAGUGUGGGAGUUUACCAAAGUAUAAAUGUCCCACAUGUAGACAACCUUAUUGUUCGGUAAAUUGUUGCAAACGCCACAAAGAGUCGUCUUGUUCACCACCCAGCAUUCCAGAGGAAACCCAAAAGGAGACCAUCCCUAACUACGAAUUUCCUACAGAAGACACAGUUCCAGUAGAUAAACUUAAAUUGCUUGAGGAAUCAACGGAUUUGAAAAAGUGUUUAGAAAAUCCACAUGUUAGAGAAAUCUUAGAAGAGCUAGAUAAAAGUCCUCAACCUGAUAUCUUAAUGAAGAAAUAUAUGCAGGAGCCUAUAUUUACUGAAUUUGUUGAUGCAUGCCUUAAUGUUGUUCAAAGGUGUGAGGACUAACUAAAUUUAAUUAUCAAUAAAAAUUCUAUUUUUAAUC